AUGCCCAAAAGAAAGUCAAGCGAUAGUCCAAAAUCCAAGAAGGCCAAGACUGGACCUUCUUUACCAUCCAUAGCAGAAAUCGAAACUUUGGAAGAACAAGUCAUAGAAUCAUCCCAAUACAAUACACUCGUUACCCUUCUCAGCCACUAUGGGAAGUCCAUUGAACACCUCAAAUUGAAAGCCGAUAAGGAAGCGGAAAUCAUAUCCAGAAAGUUAACAGUCUCUUUGUUCAAGUGCUUUCAAAAGUUGUUCAAAGAUGGUUUGUUAGUGAAUAGAAAGCAUUUUGAAGAAAAGAAAUCCUUAAUCAUCAAAUGGUUGGUAGACAAAUAUGACACAUACAAAACCAAUUUGUUCGAUCUUAUUCAAUCAAAGUUAUCAUUCAAGGCCUCUGUCCAGUUGGAUGCGUUGGAUAUCGUAUUAAGACUUGUCAAGCUUGAGCUGGAGUACAUGGGGAACUCUAAGGACGGAUUUUUUGGAAACAUAAUAUACUCCAGAUUAAUCAAAGCAUUAUUGUUGAGUGAAAAUGGCGAAAUUUUGCCUGAUGGAACCAGUGAUGACUUUAUUAUAUUGGAAUUCCUAGACACUUUCAAGGCCAAUUGGGACUUGCAAGCUUAUUCAGUGAAUAACUUAUCAGAGCUGUUGGUUGAAUGGAACAAUAUUAAACUGAAAGAAGAAUUGAGAAGAGUGUACUCGAAUUUUUUCACUUUGAUGAAAAAUCAAUUGUUAUUCAAUGAUGAACUCGAGGAACUUCCAAAGUGGAUUUCAACUCCUCUUCCAGCAUCUGCUUACAAGCCUAACCACUUCAAGGGGAACUUUCAGAGGUGUUUCAUUACCAUUUUAUCUUAUCCAUUGACCACAUCCCAAUAUAAAGCCACCUUACUGGUAUUGCACAAGAGAAUUAUCCCUUACAUGAUCCAACCACAGAGUCUUAUGGACUUCUUAACCGAAUGUUACGAAAUUAGUGACGACUCCACCAUUCCUAUUCUUGCUCUUAAUUCUCUUUACGAAUUAAUGAAGAAGUUCAAUUUGGAAUACCCCGACUUUUACACCAAGUUAUACUCAUUAUUGACUCCAGAACUUCUCUAUUCAAGAUACAGAUCCAGGUUCUUCAGAUUGUGUGAUUUAUUCCUUACAUCUACUCAUUUAUCCGCUAAUUUGGUGGCAUCAUUCAUCAAAAAGUUGGCUAGAUUAUCUCUUUCCUCCACUGCAUCCGGGGUGGUUAUCGUCAUUCCGUUCAUCUACAACUUGCUCAAGAGGCAUCCAUCUUGUAUGAUCAUGGUACACAACGCUAACCCUCUGGCCGACUACCAGGACCCAUUUAUUAAUUCUGAACCCAACCCAUUAUUUACCAAGGCCAUUGGGUCCUCUCUCUGGGAGUUGGAAUCCUUGAUGUCUCAUUACCACCCAAACAUUGCAACUCUUGCCAAGAUCUUUGGCGAGCCAUUCAGAAAGCAUAGCUACAAUAUGGAAGACUUCUUGGACUGGAGUUACAUCACCUUGUUGGACAGUGAAAAGACUAGAAGGUAUAAGUCCAUGGCAGCAUUGGAGUUCGAAGAGUACAACAAGUUAUUUGAAGGCGGCGAAGAAGCUGAAGGGAGCGUGUAUGCCGAGGGAUGGACCUUAUAG